CAGCGGCCGGCGGCGGGCAGCGUCCAUUGCAGCUCGGCGGGGAGCAAACAUCCACGGCCUCCGGGGUCACCCGGCCCCUCUCCGUCCCCCCCCCGCCCCCGCCCGGCCCAACACCACCGCCAGCACCUCGGGUCCGGAGUUUCACAGGGCGUACAAGGAUUGCUGCUAAGGCUGAGUAAACUGAGUCAUGGAGAAACUAGGAGACACGUGAGUCACUGAAGUUCAGACAAGGCAGAACUGGAAAUCCCCUCCCAGUCUCGACACUGCUUCUUUCUGGCCAGUCUUUAGAAAUCGUUCCUGCUUCAGAUUUCUCACUGCCAGAAACCCAGACUGUAUCAAACAGCAGAGCUCUCUUGUUCAUUUAGGGCAGAUGAAAGGAUUCUUUCAUAUCUAAGAACAGCCUAAAAUAUUGGAUACUGUGGACAAGUGGAACAUAGAGACAAUGAACAGCAGCUAACUAUUUGCAGCUUAUGGGAAUGAUAAGAGCAGUAUCCCAGAUCGGUAUGCUGUCCGUAAUGAGUGCACAACCAUCGUAAGGAAUGCACAACAAACUGGUCAUAAAAGGAGCACCUUGGACCACUAAAUUUAUUGGCUGUGUCUUGUGAGAAAACAAACCGCCUUUUCUUCUUCUUCACCUGGCGCUGGCUCUUAUCUCGGCUUUUAGGCUUUAUGUUGGAUUGUGGCCUCCAUGAUAUUCACAUUUUCCUUCCAUAUCUAUUUAUUCUUGAAAAAAAAAGCUGUUUCCCCAAGUAUCCCCUCCUACUCUGCCAGUAGAAAUAUGGGUCUUAAACUGAGUAGCAGCACUAAAGUUCUGUCCAUCUAGUCAGGUCUAAGGGACAGACUGUAAAUUCCCUGACGAGGGGCGGAAGGUCCUCCAAGCCUUCAAUGGAAUGCCUCAGACACUCGCAAGGAAAUAAAUAAUGCAGGCCUGGCCUUCAAAGAACUGAGAAGGCUAAUACUUCUGGCGUCUGAAAGUGUGGGAGAACUGUCUUGUGAAGACAAGACAGUUCUGCCACUCAUGUGGUGAGCUUACUAGUUCUCAGUUCUCAAGGCCAUUGUGUCUGAUGAGUGACCUUUGCUUCAUUAUCUGUGAAAUGCAUAGGAAAGCGCACACCCUGCAUAUGCUAAUGAAGAUUAUAGAGAUCAUGCUAAACAUGUAUGACUAUGGCACUCGUCUCUCCACCCAAAUCAUGCUACACGUCACCUGGGAGAAGGGAGAAACCUGAGACGAGGCUGUCCUCAGCAAGGGGGGUGGACCAUGGUAAUUCAGCAAACACAAAAGGGGAAAAUAAGUGUCCCUAGGGGGGAACAAAGAAGAAACAAAAGAAGAAGAUAGUGCCUGGGAAGAUUUUUCCAAGAAAGAAGAAGAUUAUGCCUGGGAAGAUUCCCUGAAAAAGACGCUGGAACCAGGACCGCAGAAUGCAACCUUCAAAGGAUAAAAAUACAGAAAAGGCAGAACCAUUCUACAGGCUUUCAUUGCCAAAGAAGACCAGUUCUGAGAUUAUAAAUGAAGCCAGAAAUGUUCUACGAACACUAAGGACUCGGAGGCCGUUUACACCUACAGGGAAUCAAAGGAAACUUUUUGGAUCUGGAUCCUCACGACCUCCUCAAAAUAGACCCCCUUCAGUUUUUAGUCUUCACGCAUCCAGUUUUGAUUUGGCUGAAUCAAGACCAGUUUCUGGUGUUCGUCUUAGCCCACUGGAUCAUAAACCAGUACUAGUCGCUUCUGCAAAAGAUGAAGAUUCUUCCAUUUGCCUUCCAAAACCUCCUGCUGAUGAUGCAGAGGUUAGAAAACUCAGCAGUGCUCGGGCACGCUUUUUUAGAAGAACUUCUCAGGGAAGUUUUCUUUCAGCUAAAAUGGUUCCUCCUGCUCAGAAUGAAGAGAAGCUAGAUUCUGAAGAACCAGCUAUGAUGAAUAAUCUUUGCAGAAGUACUAACAACUGCCUAGCAGAGCAAAGGUCGUACGCACCAUUUAAUGAUGAAAGUAGACAAUUAAUUUGUAAUCAGCGUAUGAACAGAUUGGAGGACUCCCUAAAAGGGACAGCAGGAAAAUUUUUAUUUCAACUGAGAGGAGAAAGAAGUGUCAACAGUGAUGGCAGAUUUGCUGAUGAAGAGCAACAGUUUCCCUGUGACCAGAUGAAAAAGCCGGACACAAGUUCAGCAUGGCCAAGGAGUCCAGGCUGGAAGAAAAGAGUAACAGGCUCAGAGGAUGAAACAAGAAUAAAUGAAUUGGAAGAGGAAGAAAUCUUUUGGCAUAUAAAGAUUCUACCAAUUCUGCAGGAACUGGAAGAAGUAGAAGACAAUAUAGAAAAUCUUUGUCUGGCUUGCACCAAGCUCUAUCAAGCCUUGAAUGAAGGAAAUAUGCUUGGCAAAAGAUUUAAAAGGAGAAGUGUGCUUCUGAAGUUAUUAUAUAAACUUGUGGACGUUGAUUCAGAUCCACUUUGCCUGAAGCUGGCAAAGAUUAUUCUGGCUAUGAAAGUGGAUGGAAAAAAUCUUCUCGGUGUUUGCAAGCUUGCAUUUAAAAUUUGCAGGAAUGAAAAAAAUGAUUACAUCAUUCAAAAUGAUAGAUUAUUGGAUUGUUUGUUGGAGGUCCUGAGAACUGAAGAUCUACAAAAAAACAGUGAAGCUCUCCUGUAUUGCAUGGGAGCUAUAAAAUUCAUGUCUGGAAAUGCAGUACUCCUUAAUGAAAUGGUCAACAAAGGAGCUGCUGAAAUGUUGCUGCAAUUAAUGAAGCAGAUUAAUAAAGUAAAAGAAAAUGACACAUAUUUCUCCAACUUGGGACACUUAUUAGUCCAGCUGACAGCUACUUUGCGAAACUUGGCUGACUUACCUCCGGCAAGAUGCCAACUCGUUUGCAAUGGCGCAGUCUCCGAGCUCUGUGUGGCGCUAGAGCAGCGCAUGAACGAUACGGACGUCUGCACCUAUAUUGUCAGGAUAUUCAGCAAACUUUCUUCCUACAGUGACUUCUGUGCAGCUUUAGCAGACUGCUCCAGAUGUUACGUCUUAUUUUUAGCCCUGCUAAACAAACACCAGAAGCAGCAGGAUUUGGUUAUCCGUAUCAUCUUCAUUCUUGGUAAUUUAACAGAAAAGAAUAACCAGGCCCGUGAGCAAUUUUUUAAAGAAAGAGGAAGUGUUAACACCUUGAUAUCAUUAUUCCAAACCUACCACGAACUUGAUUUGAAUGCACAGAAACGGUACCAUGAAAGAGGAAGGGAAGAUAAAAACCACCCAAAGCAUCCUUCGGAAGCAGAAGAUGUUCUGAUAAAACUGAUAAGAGUGCUGGCCAACCUCUCCAUUCAUCCCAGUGUAGGAGCAGCUCUGGCAGCUGCCCAUCGUAUUGUAGAAUUACUUGUUACAGUACUAGAAUGCAAGUCAGUUGAUGACUGUGAGGAGUUGGUCAUCAAUGCUGCAACAACAAUCAACAACUUAUCCUACUACAAAAUGAAGAGUUCUGCUGUUCAAGACAAGAAGCUACACAUUGCUGAAAUGCUUUUAAAGCUGUUAAUGAGCAACAGUAUGGAUGGAGUUGUAGAGGCUGUCAGAGUCUUUGGCAAUCUUUCCCAGUAUCAUGAGAUCUGUGACUUCAUCAUGCAGAAGAAGAUAUACAAGUUCAUGAUUGCUUUGCUUGACGCCAAGAACCAAGAUGUCUGUUUUUCUGCCUGUGGAGUUCUGCUCAAUCUCACAGUAGAUAAGAACAAACGAGCUCUUCUGAUGGAAGAAGGAGGAAUUGGAAAGUUAGUUGACUGUUUACAAGACUUUGGGCCAGCAGACUGGCAGUUGGCUUGUUUGAUAUGCAAAACCCUGUGGAACUACAGUGAAAACAUCACAAGUGCAGCCUCAUGCUUUGGAGAAGAUGCCAACACGUUGCUGGUGCUGCUCACAUCGCUCUUAGAUGAAGAGGUAGCGUUGGAUUACAGCCUCGACACAGAUUUAAGGGACUACCACAAACUAUAUUGGGAAAGAGAGUUCAAACCUGUGGCAGAAAAACUUCUUGACAGAAUUCAAAGCCAUCAGUCCUGUCUUCCAGCUGCGACUAUUACUCCAUUUUAAUCAGUCAUUAUUUUUUUUUGUGGUGUAGAUUGUACAGCUUUAUAUUUCUAAUAUCGCCGUACAUUGCCUUUAGUAAGCACGUUGGAGAGUGUGGCAAUUUAAUUUUAUAAAAGCCAGUAAAGCCUAGCAUUUAUAUACUGGAUACUAUCUUUUGAGAAGCUUGUAUGAAAUUUUUGCAUGUGUAAUUACUUUUUACAAUAUAUUUGAGCUGAUCGAGCAGCUCUUCAUUCAGUGUGUGAUUUGUCUAUUAAUCGCAUAGUUCCUUGGCUGGGAAAAUGAAACAAAAGUAUUUGCUGAACUUUUAAUUUUUAAAAGGUAAAUUGCCACUGAGUACCUGGACCUCUGUGGUACCAAAAAUGCUGUCAGUGGUCUGGGGAAAGUGGCUCCCUUUCCCAUUGGAGAUCCCUCUUUCUUUACCCGACGCUGUGUGGCCGGGGUAUCCCAGCUCCUCCCUUGGCCCUCGUGGGCUCUAAUUCCAGCUCUGCAGGUAAGAGGCUUUUCUGAAUCGGGACUUCACAUCUCAAGGCAAAACACCCGUAUCCCUGCUGUAAGGGAAGAUUUUAGCUGGCUUGGUGUCGUCUCCUUUCAGUUGUUCCCACAUUCCCAGGAGCUGCCUGUGUGCCUGUACUUCUCAGAUCGUCUCGGCCAGCCGUCUGCCCUGGGCUCAUGUCUCCAUCCAUGGGGCAAAAAAAAGGCUCUACAUCCUUCACGUUCCUUCUGACUGCUGCUGCCUUGUUUAUUGCUCCGUUUUCAUCGUUUUAGUGUGUAGAAGUCCCUGCUUGUAGCCCAUGGAUUAGCUCAGCAGGUGCAUCGCUGGCCUCAAGCAUUAAGAGCCCCACUGGCUACAGAAAGCUUUACAGACCUGACCCAUUUCGCUCUUUUCUGACCUCAGAUUACUAAGAAUAAACCACUGUGCAGGGGCUGCCCAGCUCCUGGCUCCGAUCCUGAGGGUCAGCCGCUUCCCACUGCGCUCUGUGUGCCAGGAGAGCAAGUCUCCAGCCUGGGAAUCCCUGCAGAGAGGCCGGAGGAAUUUGUUUUUCUGAGGCAGCAUUUCAGAGCUCCCUCAGUGGCACCGCCGAUACCUUUGGCAGUGCCCAGACCUCUGCUUCCAGGUGAGGAGAUGAAGUGAGGAGGCUGGGAAGCAGAGCAGUAAGUAGAAGGGCAGGGAAGCUUUUUUCCUGGUGUAGGUUCCUGCUUCUACAUUUCUGGGGACUUCUUUACUGUUGAUGGAGCAGGGGAGGGGGGAUUUCGUAGUCCAGGUUUUGGAAGUGGUGAGGAGGAAACUUCAGUGAAGGUAAUGAAAUUUGCAACGUUCCUUUUGUCCCAGCAGCUCGGGUGUUUCUUGUGACCAGCAGGACUCAGCCCCGCCGUGAAUCGCUUGGGGAGCACUCGGGCAGCCUCCAUCGCUGCAAUCCGCAGGAGAGAACUGCUCAGCAGUUCAGUGCGGUUUGGCUCCGACAGCAGCUCUGCUGAGCUCCAAAAGAUCUCAAUUAUCAUUCCUUCUUUUGCUAUUUUAAUUUGAGCUGAAGUUGAGAGGAAGAUAAAUGGCUUCAGUGCCUUGUUUGUUUCUUGGAAAGAAGAAUGGAUUUGCUUUCUGGGGGCAUUAAAGAAAGGGCGACGGGUAAGUACUCGCCUGUGGGGAGGGAGCUGGAGGCGUUUGUUCUUGGCGCUCGCACGGAGGCCAAAGGCAGGCGAAGAGCAGGCUGUGUAACGCGGGGUGGGGGGGGAUGCAGUGGAAAAGGCCUCGUGGCCAAGUCCUGUCAGCAGGUCUGAUCAGAACUGACAAGCACAGAGCAUCUGUCAGGGGCAGCCUGCACCUGAGGUUUUGCCCGAGUCAAGGUGGAUCGGUAGGCAGUGAAGAUCUGUUCAAAGAAAAUGCGAGUUUAUGAUGUCAGUCAUUACUGAUCAAACUGUAAAUAGGGGCCUGAAGUGCUACCUCGGGUCUCCUGCAGCACAGGGGAAAUUUGGGUAUCCUGUAGUGGAGCCCAAAGCUGGGGCAGCCGCUGUGUGUGAGCUCUGGCCUCGUGCUCGGCGUUUGCCUUCACCGACCUCGGGAAGAGGCGCGUUCAGAGGCGCUGGGUAGAGCGGUGAGGGCAGCAGAGGCCCCAUGGCACCCCACGGCAAAACCCAGCAGCGGCUCCCGUGGAGCUGCACGGGCCCACGUCUUUCACUGAACAAAACUUGUAGGUAACAGGAACAAGCCCCCGGCGCUGAAUUUCUCAUGUGUUCUUGUGGCUUCAUCUACCAUUUGGGUGUCUUUGCUACAAACUCCAAUGCAGAAGCUCUCUUCUCGUUUCAGGAGCCUGUAACUGUUUAGUGACCAAGUCCUUGGCCUCUG